UAAACAACAUAACGAAGAUUCUUUGUCUUUUUAUUUUUAUUAAUAAAGAUAUACAACGCGUUAAAUAUAUCAUUUCUAUUACACAUUUAUUUAUCGAAAUCUGAUACCAUCUCGGUACGUCAAGCAGCAUUCGGCAUUUUCCUGUUGAAUCCACACAGCAUGGCGUUAUCAAAGCGCAUAGCUAGAUCGUGUAUUCAUCUUGGUGUCGUUCAACUGAUAUUUGGUUGUGCUGGUGUAGCAUGUGGGGCUGUAGCAAAGAGCAAAUUGACAGGCCCCGUGGGAGCAACUAUUGGAUUAUGGGCAGCAUAUUUCAUCGCUUUAGGCGUGAUUUGUCUUACUGCGGGAGUUUUUAAAGAAUCCAGAGUCCUUGGAUUUGCUCUUGUUUUUCAAGUCAUUGGCCUGUUCAUCGCAGCCGCUGGAAUAAUAAUUUCCGCCAUAUUUUGGACAUUUCUGAAUACUUGCUCGAGUUCGCUGGUUGUUGGUCCAGUUUUACCCGAUCACUGUCCUUGCGGGGUUGCUGCAGAUCUUACGGACUAUGACAUUAGUUGUUCUGAUCUGAGAACGGUGAGAAAUGUCACAGCUGCCUCCACAUUUAUCUAUUUGAUUUUGGAAAUUACUUCAUUCAUCGGUGUAAUCUAUGCUUGUGUUGGCAUAUGUUGUGCACCAAAGGAACCAAGGUCUGUUACUGUCACCACAGUUAAUUCACAUGGUGCAUCAAAUCCUGAGUCAAAACCGAUGAUUAUGACCAAAAUAUUUAGAAAGAAACAUCAACCACAGGAUGACAAAAAGAAAAAUCGCAAGCGUUGAGAAACCUCAAUCACAUGACUGCCAAACUACACUCACACGAGAUAGUCACUCUUUCGGGGUAAACACAACUUUAAUAUUCUCAAAUGUAUUUCACUAUAGAUUUGAAUGUGUUAUGUGAUAGACGACAUUAUAAUCUCAUUUGCAAACUCAUAAUCAUAGUUUCGCAAUUAAGACUGGUCGAUUAAAGGAGAAUGAUAUAUAAUCUAUAUAAGCUACCAAGUCUUUUAAACAUGCAGGUGUGUCUAUUUUGUCUAUUCCGUAUUUGCUGUAUUAGUUUAUUCAUAGACUAUAUACUGAGCUUGAUAUAUUGUUUUGCAAGGAUAAAACAGACUCCGAAAAGCUAUCACACCAUUGCUUUACAGUACUGUCCAGAAAUAACCUAACACUGCGGUUCGGUUGCGGUCGCCUGAUAGAAACCGCAGACACCGCAAGUGAAAAAAUACCUUCGCAGUGGCGAACAAAACGUUAUGAACGGCUAAGAAGGACAACACA